UUUGGAAACUUCUGUCGGGGGAAGACUAGGAAGGAGCUGCAAAGCGCUGUGGGCUUCUUCCUUUCUUUUCCCCCUUUUUUCCCUCCUUUUAAUGACCCCCUUCCUCCGUUUGCACCCUUCCCCGGAGUUCACGCAGAACCUGCGAAUUUCGGAGAGGUGUGACUGAGUGGGAGAAGAGAGGUGCUAGCGUCUGAUUUUUUUUUUUUUUUCCUCCUUCGUUUUCUUGAUUUCAACAUUUUGUCCCAACCUCUAGGCUGCAGCCAAUCUUUCUUACCUGUUCGCGGUAGCCGCGCGCCUCGGGCCGCUGGAGGUUAGAAAGGAGUGGGGGGUGCAUUUUAGAUUUUUAAGCAAAGAAAAAAAAAAACUUUUUUAAGACAAACCCAGUUUUUCUCCCCCUUACCCUUUACAGCCCCCUGCUGCAGAGUCUUUCAACCUCAUUCCUGCGGACGCUGCUUUGGGGAGCGAUUUUGCGAUUUUCUCCCACACAGCCUCUGCUGUUCAGAUCGGCUCUGGCUGCGGGCUUUUUCCAGUCUCCGCCCACUCUGAGUGCACCUGGCGCGGCUCUUUUUUGCCCCCAACCUGUUGCAGGCUUUUAAUCUUUGCAACUAAGACUUCCUCACAGCCACCUCAACUCUCCCCACGUCUCGCUGCAUCUGGCGAGUGUCUGGGGAAGGACACCUGCUUUUACCUGCCAGAGACAAAAAGAAUUAAUAAAUCUCCGGGAGCCCUCCCUCUCGGGCCCCUUAACUCCCCUGCACUCUCGCUCUCCUGCCCCGCCCCGAGGUAAAGCGCGAGAAGAUGGUGCUCACCGCAGUCCUCCUGCUGCUGGCCGCCUGCGCGGGGCCGGCCCAGGGCCUGGGCUCCUUCGUGCACUGUGAGCCCUGCGAUGAGAAAGCUCUCUCCAUGUGCCCCCCCAGCCCCCUGGGCUGCGAGCUGGUGAAGGAGCCAGGCUGUGGCUGCUGCAUGACCUGCGCCCUGGCCGAGGGGCAGUCGUGCGGCGUCUACACCGAGCGCUGCGCGCUGGGGUUGCGCUGCCUCCCCCGGCAAGAUGAGGAGAAGCCGCUGCACGCUCUGCUGCACGGCCGCGGCGUUUGCCUCAACGAGAAGACCUACCGCGAGCAAGUCAAAAUCGAGAGAGACUCCCAUGAGCAUGAGGAACCCACCACCUCCGAGGUGACGGAGGAGACCUACGCCCCCAAAGUCUUCCGGCCCAAGCAAAGCCGCAUCUCCGAGCUGAAGGCCGAGGCUGUGAAGAAGGACCGCAGAAAGAAGCUGACCCAGUCCAAGAUCGUGGGCGGAGCCGAUAACACUGCCCACCCCCGGGUCAAUGCUGCCACUGAGACCAGACAAGAAUCCGAGCAGGGUCCCUGCCGCAGGCACAUGGAGGCUUCACUGCAGGAGCUCAAAGCCAGCCCACGCAUGGUGCCCCGGGCCGUGUACCUGCCCAACUGUGACCGCAAAGGAUUCUACAAGAGAAAGCAGUGCAAGCCUUCCCGUGGCCGCAAACGUGGCAUCUGCUGGUGCGUGGACAAGUAUGGCAUGAAGCUGCCGGGCAUGGAGUACGUGGACGGCGAUUUCCAGUGCCACGCCUUCGACAGCAGCAACACUGAGUGAUGCGACCCAUCCCCAUCCUCCCCUCGCCCCCCCACCCCUAGCCCCCCACUCCAGCCAGCGCCUCCCUCCACCCCUGGACGCCACUCAUUUCAUCUCAUUUAAGGGAAACACACACACGUACACACAUACAUGUAUAUAUUCGAGGAAACUAAGGGCCUCGGAAUCUCCAGUAAGGGCUCAACUUUGGAAAGGGCAAAACAGCGGAGAUGCCAGAAGCUAUAAAGAGACCUCCACUUGGGCAGGGCUUUCUUGCUGAGGCAAGCUGAAAGAGUAGCGAAGGACAAAAGAAAGAAUCAGAGAAAGAGAUGGGAGGAAAGCUUCGGUGUAGGACAGAACGGAAGAGGGGAUCGAGUGACCAGAAGGAAGACAGGGACGUGGUGGGCACAAAGAAAGGAAGGCCACGGGACCAGGGCUGGGGCGGCUUUUGCGUCACCCAGCCCUGGCCUGGGGAUGGGGAGAGGUCAAAUGGCAAAAGGCAUGAAGGCCUGAAGUGUGGCUUCGGUGGAGUUUUCCCAGUUCAGAUUGGACAGGAAGACAAGAAGAGACUGUGGGGGUUGUUGCCUCUGCUGGAUCAGUCUCCUUUUCCAGCCAGUAAAUGUGGACGGCCCCCACCCCACCCCACCCAGCUCCGUGCUUCCUGCCCUACUAUACCCUGUAUCCCCCAAACAUAUGCAAAAGCAUUCCACUCCUCUGAAGAGAAAAUGAAUUCCCCAUUGAGUGAUCUCAGAUAAGUCUCCCCAGAGCAGAUCCGUACAGAUGAAAUCCAUGUGCCCAUUUCACAGAUGCACAGAAGUCAGUUUCCACCCGAAUUGGAAAGACUGGUUCUUGCAGAGGGACUGGAAGGCCUGCUGAACGCUGUGGCUUCAGCUCCUCAUGCGUUCAUUUCUCAACUCAUGCAGCACCCUCUGUGGAGGAGGACGGGCUGAAAGACGGUGGGCUUGUAUUAUCUACAAGGCUCCAUAUAGUCAUAUAUAGGCAUGUAAAUCUAUUUCCUAUCUCUUUUUCCUUUCUUUUUUUUUUCUUUGCAUUAAUUUUUUCAAAGUAGUUCCUUUGGGAGCAUUGAGAAGCUUCCUCGUUCUAGGAAAACCAAGAAAACAUAUAUAGUCCAAGUAUAAUAACCCAUCCUUUCCAUUUGCCCUCCCCUAGCCAGGGUUCUCCGGAGGCAGCCAAGCCAGGUCUUGGUGGGGCUUGGUAUUGGAGAGUGGCAUGAUUUCUCACUUCAGAUGGACCCAGGCAGCCCCUUGGUGCUGGGCACAUCCCAUUCUAGCCUUCAGACCCUCAAGAGACUGUCCUCUUGGGACACCUGGACACCUGACCAAUUGAGCCCAAUAUAGGUCUAAGUGGGGCCCUGGGGCAUACUCCAGCUCUCUCCUUACCUGAGGAGAGAGUGUUUGGAAAGCCUCGCUCGGUCUUCAGGCUGGCAGAACAGGAGAUAGAUUGACGCGAGAGGUGGCAGAGAACCAGGUGGUGGGGCAGAAGGCAGAUUCAGAGCAGUGGCAAGCUGGUCUUUCAGGCCAGACAGCAUGGAGACAGGGGGCUGCAGGAACAGGGAAGUGACACAAGGGGGCGCAGUCAACAGACUGUCUAGGGAAUUGCCAAUGCCAAAACCCACUACUGGGAUUAUAGAAUUAGGAGGGGAGAGAAUGGUGGAGCAGGUUGUAAGAUAGAAAUGAGCUCACUUCCAGCCACAAGUCCAGGGAAGAUGAAGGUGGUGAGUUCAAGACUCCAGGGGCCAGUCGGAAACGAGGAUCAGCCGGGACUGGCAGACGUGAAAGAUGGCCCAUCUUCAGAUCCCUGUGAGCACCGAGGCCAGAGUUUUUCCUGCUCCUCAUCUGUUCCAGCCCAGCCCUGCUUCCUCCCAGAGGCAGAGGAUGGACCAAGGACCCAGGACAACCAGAGGCAAAUGCCUCAGACUGCCGGCCUCCAACCUAAGACAGUCUCAUCUGCUAUGCAUGGGUGGUCUUGUCACUGACCUGGAAGGCUCAUAGCCCACCCACCAAGAGGGCUUGGACAUGGAAAAGGAGGCCCUUUCUUGCUGUGGAUACAGCUUUCUCUCCUGAUGGCAUGACCCAGAAGAGACCACCCGCCAACACGAAACUCGAGGCAGUGAAAAGGGACUGCUAAGGAGCAAAACCAUGGAAAAUGUAUAGACAGUUGUGCCCCUUGAUGGAUGUCUCCUAUGCCCCUAGACGGGACGGCUGGCUAGGGGGCGGGAGAGCUGGUCCGUCUCGCUGAGACAAAGGGCCUGAUGGGAGUAACAUCGUGAAAACUGCCUGACCUCCUGCAUCAGUGAACCCCGCUAUUCUGCACGGCUACACCCCAAAACCCCACCCCUCCAGUUCUGUGUCUUAGGCCAGUAUUCUUGCACUUUGCCAACCCCAUUCUUCCUCCUGCCACUCUGUUUUUGGAUCUUAAGCAGCCGUGGAUACUGGGGUGCCACUGCCCCUAAGAAAAGACUGAGCCAGGAACUGCCUCCUCCUUCUCCUCCCUCCUCAUCCCCAGCCAUUUGCUGGACUUGAACCAAUGCCCCUUGUCUUGGCUCCCUGCUGGCAGCCGCAGGUGUUCUGGAGUUUAUGCCUACCAAUACAAACCUGUGUGUCUCCCUGGCUCAAGCGGGAUGUGUCUGCACAGUCAGCCAUCCCAAGAGGAAAUUGGACCUUGGUGGACACGUGGGAUGAAGCUCAUGAGUGGGAGAUGCGGCUGCAUGCAGGGUGUGGAGCCCGUGGCAGGGAAUCAUCUAGGGAAAGCUGACCACUUGGAGCAAAGUGGAUGCAGGUUUGAGUGGUGCCAGCAGGUGCAAGUCCUGAGUAACGACUUCCUGGGCUCCAGGCUGCCACUGGCCAAGUCAGCCGGCCCCAUAGCCUGGGACGCCCAGGUCUAAUGAGGGCCGCUUUACCCUCUGACCCAAGCCUCGCUCCAGCAGUGCGCAAUAUGUUUCUGUCUUUCCCAGUGCCACCUGGAGCAGAGAGAAGCUUGGACAGGAAUGCUUCCCGCUUCCUCCCAGCCUGCCCUGAUCACUUGAGCUUGGCAAAGGGCACCUGGUGAGAGAGACUCAGAUGCUUCUCAGACAGCCAGGCCUAGUUGGACAGGCCUGGGACACUCAGUCGCGACCCAGGGAUGGCCCUGCAGGGGUCACCUGUCCUCCCCAGCUGCAUCCUCCUAUCACUGCCUCAUGAUCUUCAUGGUAACCGCAAGAGGUUCACCUCCUCUGAGCAAGGUGACCCUGCACCACCCUCUUCCCAGCUGACUCACGACAGGGUUGCCAUGGCUACCGCCACACCCACCAGGCCCCCUCCCCAAGGUAGGCCGAUUGUUUCCCCACAUGCCCCCAGCCCCGCCGCACCUCCAUCCAUGGAUUAAGACAGAGGAUGCCAACCCUGAGUGGGAUCUCCAGAUGGAGUGGGCUGAGGAGGAGCCUCCCGCCAGUCUCAGAGAGGAAGGAGGCUGAGUUUUGAGCAGAUCGGGGACAGAGGGAGGGGUUUCAGCAUCCAACCAUCUGAGUGUCGUACUGUCUGUUUUUUUAAAAACCACUAAGGUGCAAAGACCUGUUUGCACCGUUUUUUUUUCUUUCCACCUUACUCUUUUCUUGGACUUUCAGGUUUUCACUUCGGUUUUUUUUUUUUUUUAAACACAUUUUCUUCGUUUUCUCACGGAGUCUGUACCGCAGAGAUCAGCAGAUUCCAGCUUCUUCAGGCCUUCUGGAUGGGGAAGGGGAAGUGGGGCGGGCCGGAAGGGGAGGGGGCCCCCAGGCACCCUGUGUCAUUCUCCCCGCUCUUCUCUGGUCCUCCAAUCACCAUCCUGAGCCCCAUCUGCCACCAGCACCAUCACACGGUAGCCCACACGGAUAGCACAGUUGACAGACAAGAUUCCUUCAGAUUCCGAGCUGCCUGCAAGUUGGUAUUUUUGGUUUUUGUUUUUUUUUGUUUAUUUCUCUCCUUCAAGACAGCAAUAACCGCAUCACAUAUUACUGUAGCGUUACAUACAUGCAUACCACGGCUCUGGUCUCUCGUUUUCAUUCUCAAUUAAAAAAAAUAAUAAUAAAUGCUCAUAUUCAUUACUGGUGAAAAAGAUGGAACCAUAAACCGACGAACAAAACCAGUUUGUGAACAGCGAAAGGCGGAAGCAGAUCUUGCGAACGUGGAAGAGCUCAGCUCCUGUUUAGGGUUUUGUACUUAAGGAAAUAAAAAGAACACAAAACGACAAACAACCCAGAGGAUCUCACAUUUUAUUAAAAAAAAAAAAGUGUGAAGAUUGCUGUAUGCUAUUUAUUCAACUUAUAAUUUAUGUUACUCCUUGAUCUUUGUCAUGACAAAGCAUUUAUUUAAUAAAGUUAUGCAUUCA